UGUUUUUCGUCACACAAGUGAAGUAGAUCUCGGGGAGUGAUGGAAUUAAUUUAUAUCCGGAGUCGCUCUUUGAGGAAAGGCUGAGCAACUUCACGGGUUAACCGAAGCCAGGACGCCUUUAGACACCGCAGCUCAUCAUGAGGUUGUUUUUCUGCUCACUUUUGGAAUAAAGUCUUCAAAGACUGACUUGAUGAAACAUCGCCUGCAACAGGGAAUACAAAUAACUGGAAGGCUCUUUAAGAAGGAGACUGGAGACUUGUAAGAUUGGCAGAACCUAUUAAGACGAAGUCUGUAAAAGCAUAUCCAGUCACAGCUACAUCCAAGAAUGAGGAUCCUCUACACAAUACCCGUCGCCAUUUUUGUGACACUUGUUAUCAUUGAGAAGGAAAACAACAUUAUCUCACGGGUGUCAGAUAAGCUCACUUUAAAAGAGAUUCUCAAGACCCCUCUACAGCCCAGUCAUUUCUCUCGCAUACCACUGAAGCACAAUGGCUCUUUAACACCACCCAGCAAGAUGGACUCUCGCUUCUCAAUAAAGAAGCAACGCCUGGAGACCUACAGCAAGCACAAAAAGGUAAUGGCUAGUGGCAGGAAACACAUCCUCCUGUUAGCCACCACCAGGACGGGCUCCUCGUUUGUGGGGGAGCUUUUCAACCAGCAGGUUGACAACAUGUUUUACCUGUUUGAGCCGCUUUGGCAUGUGGAGAAGCAGCUGACGCUGAAGACCGGUGGCACUAAUGCCAUAGUGGCAGCCAAGGCAUACCGUGAUGUGCUCCAGCAGCUUUUCCUCUGUGACUUCUCCCUGCUGGAGACCUUCAUCAAACCCCGCCCUGUGGACCACAUCACUCCAGCCCUCUUCCGCAGGGAGUCCAGCAGCUCUCUAUGUGAGAAGUCAGUCUGCAGCCCCUUUAUUAAAGGUGUCUUUGAGAGUUAUGCAUGCAGGACCAGACGCUGUGGGCCCCUGAACCUGACCAUGGCGUCUGAGUCCUGCCUCCAUAAGAAAAACAGGGUCAUCAAGACAGUGAGGGUGCACCACCUGGAGAACCUCCGUCUUCUGGCUGAGGACCCGCGCCUUGACCUGAAGUUCAUUCAUCUGGUUCGGGAUCCUCGGGCUGUACUAGCCUCGCGCAUAGUGGCUUUUGAGGACAACUACAAGAACUGGAAGCAGUGGGCAAUGGGUGUAGAUGUGGCAAUUGAUGAAAAUGAGGUGAGGAAGCUGAAAGGGAACUGUGACAACAUCAGGAUGUCCGCUGAGAUUGGCCUUAGCCAGCCACCAUGGCUGCGCAGGCGAUACAUGCUGGUGCGGUACGAGGACAUUGCUCGCUUCCCCAUGAGGAAGGCAAUGGAGAUGUACAACUUUACUGGAAUCCCGUUCACGAAACAAGUGAAAUCCUGGAUCCUCAAGAACACCCAUGCCUCUAAGGAGACCAGCGGCAUUUUCUCCACACAGAAAAACUCAGCCGAACAAGUACAGAAAUGGAGGUUCAGUUUACCAUUCAAAUUGGCCCUGGUUGUACAAAAGGCCUGCGGGCCAGCCCUGAAGCUUUUUGGGUAUAAAUUUGUUAGCACUAAAGAAAUGCUUGAAGAUAAGUCUAUUAGUUUGAUUGAGGACAAAGUGUUCAACGUUUUAUAGACUUUGAUGGACAUGAACUCUGAACCUUGGAAAAACUAACCUUUUGGAAAUUUCUGGAAUUCUGAUGUUUAUGAGGGUCUUUUAUUCUGAUACAGAGAGGCGUAUUUUCUGCUAUUUUCUGUUUAAAGUUUUUUACUAUUUAAAAUAGUUUUAUGAAGAAAACGUAUUGUUAAGUGGAAAAUUCAUAUAAAGCUUUUUGCUAUUGAAACAAGGGUAUUUGAAACAAUGUUCGAAACAAUGCUGAAACUUACAUAUAGCAUGGUAAAAAUAGAAAGCUCUCUUUGUUUUUGCACUGUUUCGGACUGUUUUCUCUCCACAGCAAACUGUAUGGUUGGCUUGUCCUGUAAGUCUCUCCAAAUAUAUUUCCUUAGCAAAUAUACCCAAGUUCUAAGGGAAAUAGUUGAAGGUUUGUGACCAACAAUGAGCUGUUUCAAACACUUCCAAGAACCUUCCAUUAGUUAUUUUUGUCGAAGAACUUCUGAGUUAGCAGCAUUAGCUGCUUUUACACCAAAAAAACUUGAAACAAAGACUAAAGAGAUUUAGAUGUAAUGUCCCAUUCUACUUCUUCUCUUUGCUUAAAUUCAUAAUGACUCCAGCUCUCAAUGUGCUCCUCAGGUUCUUUCCCCCUCUGCAGGUUUGCUUUCUUGCACACAAAUACUGUAGUUUGCUGUACAUGCAUGUUUGUAAUUGGCAAAAAGUUGUUUGAAGUUGUCCUCGGGACUGUAAGGACCCAUUCUGUAAAAACAGAUGUUUACGCUGCCACUGUAUGCAAACAUUCCAACUGCAGCUGGUUUGCAGGAUUGUGUGAGGUUUGUCGGCAGGUCUCUGUCUGUUGACACAAGUCUCUUGGCUGGUGAUAAAAAGAGGCCCUGAUACUCUGGCCUGGCAGAGAACUGAUGUUUCAGUCUGUUUCUUUUGCAUUUUGUUUGCUGCAAUUAAAAUUAUUUUACAUUAACUGUAAAA